AUGCCUUUCUCUCACCAUUCUCACUCUGGUCAAUUCUGCGGUCACGCGGAGAACACAUUGGAAGAGGUUGUCCAGACAGCGAUCAGCAAGCAGAUGGAUCUCUACGCUUUGACCGAGCACAUGCCGAGAGAAGAGGAGGACCUCUACCCCGAAGAGAUCACAUCAUCACAUACGGCCGCAACGCUUGCUAAGCAGUUUGACGAUUACUUCCAUGAAGCCCAACGGCUUCAAAAAGCGUACGCUCCAGCGAUUAAGCUCUUGAUCGGCAUGGAGGUCGACUGGAUACGGCCUACAUCUCUAGAGGUGAUCCAGGGCCUUCUUAGCAAGUAUCCUUGUGACCUUUUCAUUGGAUCUGUGCACCACGUGCAUAACACCCCCAUCGACUAUGAUAGAAAGAUGUAUAUCGAGGCCCGCGAACGGUCAGGUGGUACCGAUGAAAAGCUGGCCGAGGAUUACUUUGACCUACAGUAUGAGAUGCUUAAGGCUCUGGAGCCCCCUGUUGUCGGCCACUUUGACUUGAUUCGAUUACUCAGUGAUGACCCGGAAGCGAGCUUCGUGCAAUGGACAGGUGUCUGGCAGAAGAUACUCAGAAACCUUGACUUCAUUAUUGACUAUGGAGGCCUUGUUGAGCUCAACUCAGCAGGCUUGAGAAAAGGCAUGAGCGAGCCAUAUCCUAAGGCGGAGAUUUGCAAGAAAUUCUUUGCCAGGGGUGGUGCCUUUACGUUGUCUGACGAUAGCCAUGGGAUCAAACAAGUCGGCACAAACUAUGGCCGAUGUCUAAGUUUUGCUGAGAAGACGGGCAUAACCAGCGUUCAUUUCCUUGAAAAGGGUGCCGCCACCAAGGACAGCCGGUUUCCAGGGAUCUCUACCAAUGCCGUUAGCUUAAUAGAGCUCAAAAAGCAUCCAAGUUUCUCCUACCUCGAGGGAUUUUGA